UUCCCAUUUUACACCUAUAUUAGAUAUUCCCCUCUUCAUUUGCAUUUUUUUUUCUCUUUAUUAUAAGCUCUGAAUUUCUCUUUCCCCCACAUGAGGCUGAAAGACGACAACGACGAAGAAGAAGGACCGAAAACGAUGUCGCACUGCUCCAUCGGACACUUACAACCAGAGAAAAGCUUUGUUAUUGUUGGAUACGCUCUUACUUCUAAGAAAGUUGAGAGCUUUUUAAAGCCAAAACUCGAAGGUUUAGCCAGGAAUAAAGGGAUAUUGUUUGUUGCAAUCGAUCAAAACAGACCUCUUUCAGAUCAAGGUCCUUUUGAUAUAGUAUUGCACAAGUUGACCGGAAAAGAAUGGCGCCAAAUUCUCGAGGAAUAUAGACGAACACAUCCCGAAGUCACGGUUCUUGAUCCUCCGGAUGCUAUACAACAUUUACACAAUCGUCAAUCGAUGUUACAAUGUGUUGCAGAUAUGAAUUUAUCUGACACUUACGGAAAAGUUGGUGUUCCUCGACAGUUGGUCAUUAAAAGAGAUUCGUCAUCCAUUCCCGAUGCUGUAACCAAAGCUGGGUUGAUACUACCCCUUGUUGCGAAACCAUUGGUUGCCGAUGGAAGUGCAAAGUCGCAUGAACUAUCACUUGCUUACGAUGAAUACUCUCUUCAAAAACUUGAACCACCGCUCGUUCUUCAAGAGUUUGUUAACCACGGAGGUGUACUUUUCAAGGUUUAUAUCGUUGGAGAAGCCAUAAAAGUAGUGAGGCGGUUCUCUUUACCUGACGUAACUAAGAGAGAGCUCUCGAAAAAUGCCGGUGUUUUCCGUUUUCCACGUGUUUCAUGCGCCGCAGCAUCUGCAGAUGAUGCCGAUUUGGACCCGAGUGUGGCUGAGCUUCCUCCUCGCCCUUUACUCGAAAGACUAGCCAAAGAACUUCGUCGACGACUGGGUCUUCGGUUAUUUAACCUAGAUAUUAUCCGGGAACAUGGAAGGAGGGAUCAUUUUUAUGUCAUCGACAUCAACUACUUUCCUGGGUACGGGAAAAUGCCUGGGUACGAACAUAUAUUUACGGACUUCCUGUUAAGCCUCGCGCAAAGCCGAUACAAGAAAAGAUCGAUAUAAUAAGUAAACUCUUGGAAACCUUAAAGAAUCGAAAUGUUGAAAAGGGAUGGCACCAAAUGGUGUUUCAGAAUCGUUGAUCAUGUAUGGAAGCAUUGAAUGAUGAUUCCUGCUAGAAACUGGAAGAGGAUGCCAUUUUGGAAAGUGUAAAAGAUCCCAACAUGUAAAUCAUCGGAGCCGGUCGGCUUCUCCGGUUCCAGGUUUUAUGAUGUAAAAAAGACAACAGGUGUAUUUGUUGAUAGGCAUUUGAUGUAUUUUGUUAAUACACAUUGUUUUGUUCAUUGUAACAUAUUUGUCUUGUAGAGUCAGUUACAGCAGUUGAUUAAUGUUUUUUUUCUUCGA